AUGUGGUGCGGUCUGCGGUGCGCCGCGCUGCCCGGCUGUGUGGAGAUCGAGUUCGAGGCACCCGUCUGCCUCCUGCUGGGCUGCGAGGCCGGCUGGGUCGGCCACGGCGGUGUCUGCGUGCUGCUCAGCCGAGAGUCGACCACCUGGCUGCUGGCCGAGCAGCGCUGCGCCGCCCAGCGCGGCGGUGCCCACCUCUGCUCGCUGCUGAACGCCGCCGAGAACGCCUUCGUCGGCCAGCUGGUUCUGCAGGCCGAGCUUGGCAACGUCCAUAUCGGCUUCGUGCAUCGCCCCGAGCUGGCGCCGCCGGGCAAGUGGCACUUCCGCUGGAGCGACGGCAGCGCCGUUGACUUCCUCGCCUGGCACGAGCGGCAGCCGGGCGGCAACCCAACGCGCACCAAGUACGCCAGUCUGAAGUCGCCCCCCAGUACCUGGGUCGUCAACAGCAGGGCGUCGGUGGAGAACGCAUUCUGCUGCAAGUAUCGGCCGUAA